UGAGUGUGAAGCUGAAAGAGGAAUACGUCGCCAUUUCCGUUCUGUCGCUCUUUAAUUCAGAGAAUUGACGACCAUUUAGUCCCUCCUUCCUCCUCCAGAGAGGGAAACCCGUCAGGAAAUACCAGCCGUGGAAAACGGCGUCAUUUCCGGGUCAUUUUUGGACCUUAAUGCUCGGACCUCCGCGGCUGGACCCGGAAUGAACAGCCGGGGCAGAAACCACAGAAGAAGACAACCCGGAAGUGCUGGGCAGGUGCGCGGACAGCUGUUUUGCAGCCGAGCCGGAACCUCUACCUGAGGGGCGGAGAUGGAAAAGGUGCUCACCUGUUUCCGGAGGAGCCCGGAGGCCGCUGUCCGGCUGGUCUGCUUCCCCUGGGCGGGCGGAGGCUCCAUCCACUACGCCCGCUGGGGGGCCGUGCUCAGCAGCUCCGUGGAAGUCCUGGCCGUGCGGCUGCCGGGCAGGGAGAGCCGUGCUGGGGAACCCUUCCUGCAGAGCAUGGUCCAGCUGGUGGACCAGCUGCUCCCGGUGCUAGUGCCGCUUCUCUCUGAGCGGCCAUUCGCCCUGUUCGGCCACAGCUUCGGGGCUUUCGCCAGCUUUGCCGUCGCCGAGGCCCUGAAGCGGCGCCACAACCUGGAGCCCGUGCACAUCUUCCUGUCCGGCGCCUCGGCCCCGUUCUCAGAAACUCGUCUCAACGCCCCCAAAAGAAGCCACCUGUCGGACGAGGAGUUCCUGAGGUGGGUGGGGUCCGUGGGAGGGACCCCCCCCGAGCUGCUGAGGACGCCAGAGGUGCUGCAGCUGUUCCUGCCGGCGCUGAGGGCCGACCUGCAGGUGGUGGAGAGCUACAGCUGUGAGAAACCGGCCGAGCCGAUUCUGUCCUGCCCGGUCACAUGCUUCGACGGGAGGGACGACGCUCCCCACGACCUGCAGGCCUGGAGAUGCGUGACGUCGGGAGACUUCAGCAUCAGGAUGUUCGAUGGAGCUCACUUCUACCUGAAGGAGCCUGAGAACGAAAAGAUCCUCCUGGACCAGAUCCAGAAGCACCUGGAGCCCCAGAUGGACUAUUUCUGACCCAGAUUCUGACCCAUAUGAUCUAUUUUUUUCUGAAAUAAAGCCUCAAAAAUAGAAUUUGUUUUGUUUUCCUUGUUCUUUUUGUCUUGUGCGACUUUUUGUGUAUUUUCUUUUAUACAUUCAGUUCAUUUUUGGGUUAUU